ACAAAGUUCAAAUUCAAAAGCAGUCGAGCCCAGCCACACACAAAGCAGUCGAGCCCAGCGCCAUCUUCAAAGUCACAAAUGCCGCCUGUGAAACGUCUCUAUGUGUAUGAUCUUAUGUUUUGAAAUGUAUCUUCACAGCGUGACAAUCUGCAUGUUUUUCACAGAACGUGAUACAUGAACCGAGACAGAAGUUUGUUUGUUUGUGUUCGUGCGUGAAGGUGGGAACGCGGUUACACACCUUUUUCCUCUAGUGCUAAAGAGGUUGAAUGCAUUUGAUAAGCACAAAAAAAAACGAAACUCACAAAAGGAAACUGACCACAAUUGCAACAAAAAUGACCAUAAUUACAACAGCGAGUUAUUGUGAGGAAAAAUCUUCCCUCCCCAUGCUCAAAACGGAAAUUUGUGAUGCUGAUUUGUGACCACAAAUCCGCUUUGUCUUGCAUAUGAAUGAGGCAAAUGGGAGCCGUGUCCCGCGUUCGACAGCAAAUCUGUCAUGCGCCUUCACCUCCUGCAAACCUGUCUGUCAUGCCUAGCUGCUAGCCUUUUGCAUACCCAAAAGGCCUUCGCGCUCAUCUUGCCGCAAUACGAAGCUAAUUUGUGUACAGAAAUCCAGCAACACAAAUUUCCUCUUCUAUAUGGGGUGGGGGCUUUUUUUACAUUAAUACGAGUUCCACGUUCAGACCGAGGGCGUGGAUGUUUCCCGCGCCGACUUUGACAAGCUGGGGGUUGCCCCUUCCCGCAGCUACUUCUAUAAGGCGGUGCUUCUGCCCAAUGUGCCGAACCUCUUUGUGACCGGACUAAUCACGGAGGCGAUGGAUCGGGAGGACCUGUGGGUUCUCAAGUUGACAGUGCACUAUAUUCCGGGCGGAACGGAUGUAGAAUAUCGGGACUAGAUUCGUCGUUGGUACUGACAUGCACUUCAAAAUCCAGCAUUUGCACGAGGAGCGUAAAUUUGUGGAAACAAGAUAAAGAAGUACUGUAUAAUUGUUCUGGGAAGUAGAAGUAGUUCUGAAACAAAGUUUGAAAUUCAAAAGCAGUCGGGCAGAACGUCGCUCAUUUACCUUUUUUUUUGAAAUUACUACGCUGGACUGCCAAGCCACACACAAAUGCAAUGCCGCCUGUGAAACGUCUCUACGUGUAUGAUCUAAUGUUUUAGAAAUUUAUCAUAGCGUGGCGACCUUCAUGUUCAUGUUUUUCACAGAACGUGAUACAUGAACCGAGACAGUAAUAAGGGGAUAAGCACAAAAGAAAAUGAAACUCACGGAAGGAAACUGACCAGUAAUGCUAAAAAGGAAAGAUGUUUAUUCUACAUCGCAAAUUGGAUGCUUGCCAGGCAAUCUACUAAGUUUUUUCGGAUGGUUGCCAGGCAAUCGAGUCGCAUGUCGACGUGCUGGAGCUACGGUUCUGGUUUAUGAUCAAUAGGGAUUGCUAGCGCUCAACACCCGUUGUGAUGAUCAUUCAUUGCGCCGUGCAAUCGAAGAAGGAAAGAAAACAAAGGAAG